AUGUUUAAAAAAAACCCAAUUCUUACUAGCUCUUGGCAUUAGAUUAACAAAACAUAUUUAUAUUAGUUAAAUUAAAUUGAGCUUUCUUAAAUACAGUUACUAACAAAGGUUGACUUUUUCUAAAAAUCUUUCAAAUAUGAUAACUUGAAUGAAGUUACAAGGUGGAUGAAGACAGAUAAUACACUUAAUAACCUAGCUUAUGAUGGGAUUGCUUACAUGCCAGGUACAAAUAAAACAUAUUCUAUUUAUUAACCACCAGAUGAUUGCCCUUAUAAAGGUACUUAUAAUUUUGAUCCAAGAUGUAGAUAUUAUUAUCAGCCAACUCUAGGAAACGUAUCUAUUGUUGUAUAUCCUCCUACUAUGAAUAUCGGCCCAGGUGGUACUUAUUAUGGAAGUAUGUUUUGCUAGAGGAGAAUUAACUUGGGUUCAUAAAAAUAAAAUGACAUUUUCUCAGUUCUUUGUAUAGGACUUAAUCUGGGAAUUAUACCUUCUUACUUUUAAAACUUUGGCCAUAAUUCCAAAUAUUAGAUGCUAGUUGAUCCGUAAAGCUUGACAGUACUUUAUAAUUCAUAAGUAUAACUUUAAUAAUAAGUUACUGUGAUGCAGACUGAAACAGACUACCUUUAAGAUUAAUCUCAAGCAAAUAUAUUUAUACAAAAUUUAACUUAAAACUCAAACUUUGUCAUAUUAAAUACUAGCUCUUAUAAAUUAACGUAUUUUCUUGAUAACAGCCAAGAAACAUUUUAAUAUAACAGAAAUGGUACUGAUUGUCUUGUUAUACUAAAUAUAAUCUCAAUUGUUGAUAAAGUACCAAAAGUAGAUAGAAAUAGGCCUAAUAAUCCAGCUCCUAAAUUCUAAUUGAAGAAGGUUUUCCUGUUUUUAGAUGUACUGACAAAAGAAAAUUUACAAAUUUAUGCCACAAAUCUAUAAAAUACUAUUUAUUUUUAUAAUUAAAUUUUUGCUUACACUAGUUACGGAUUAAUAUGUAUAAUCUUAAUAAUUCAAAUUUACUACUCGAUUGUUUUGGGAAAAUACAUAUUAAAUCCUAUAAUUCAUCUGACAUACAUAUUGAGCAAGAUAAGAAUACAAAAUUUAAAUUCAACUACAAAUUUUGGUUAAAAAGAAAAAAUAGCAGAAAUAUUACAAAAAAAUUAUGUAAACAGCAGCUAAAUUGUUUUCAAUGACAUAAGAACUGAUUAGACAAAUUAAAUCCUAAUUGACGAGUAAUUUGAUGCAGAUUUUGAAGGAUUGUGUCAUUCAAGAGAUACACAAGAUCUUUUGAAUAGCUUUCAAGACAUGUUUAAGGUACUCAGGUUUACUACUUAAAAUUUUUACAAAGAAGAUGCCAGCUUGCAGCUUUUGAAUCUAAUAUCAUAAAUUCAGCAUUUCUAGCGAUUUGGUAACCAUAGGGCAUUAGGAGUUUGUUAUAACAAUAUGGGAGUAAUUCACUAUAAUUGCGGUAGAUUUUAGGAAGCUUCAGAAAAUUUUCAGUAAGCUGUUAUUUAUGCAAAUUACGAAUUAAAUAGCUACUCUCAUCAUCACCAAGGUGAAACAGUUAAGAUUACUCAAAAUCUUAAAAGACUGGUAUCUGAUUUAAGAAGCUCUAUAUAAAAUAAUACAACUCUAGAUUAUACUGAAGAUAAUGUAAGAAACCUUAAUAUUUCUAUCUAUCAAAAAAAUUAAAAAUCGGAAAAUUAGGAUAAUUAAUAGAAGAGUCAUCAAGUAGAGCUAUACUGGAGUUUAUUUAAUAGAAAAACAAAUUUAAUCAAAGCAAUGUAUAUGUUUAUUUAAAAUAGUAACAAUAAACUAUGGGAUAUAAUAGAAGAUUAUGCAUAUGAAAAUAUAAUAAUCAGCUAAGUAUAUUUACCUCCUUCAAAUAAAAGGGAAAUUAUUAAUUAUUACACUUUAUCUAAUGUGUUACAAAAAUAAAAUCUGGAUAAUGAAGCUGUUUAAGUAUUAAAUAGACUUAGUUAUUUUUUUGCAAAAAUAUAAGAAGGCAAAUAUGGAAAAUAAUCUCAAGAAAAUUAAAAAUAAACUGAUGUAGACUGUACCUAAAGUUUUAACAGUAACAUAGAUUUUGAAGUAGCGAAUAAAAGAUAUUCUUAAAUGUCAUCAUCUAAUUUCAAUAUUUACCUUAUGUCAGCGUGCUAAAAGUAAUUCAACCAAUUAAAAUUAUAUGCAAUCUGUAAUGAUUUAGUAAAUGAAAUUCUCUUUAAAGAUAAUGAUAGUUUUGGAUUGAUUUAAUACAGCUUCGAUGAACAAAUAUUCAUCCAAUUAAUUGCUACAAUUUAGAUUUUACUUUCUUUGCUGCCAAAAAAGUAAGCAUGUUGUGCAUAAAAAUUAAUAAACGAUAAAAUUUAGCUUUAACAAAAAAAUACUCUUGAUUAUCCUAAAUCCAUAAAUAUAAAUUAGCAAUCCUAUUAAAAUUUAAAUAUAUAAUUAAAGACUGGUUCUAUCUUAAAAUCAAAAAACUAUCAAUUAAAUUAAAAACCUGACUAAGAAUUACUUAAUUUCAGAGAACGUAUCAGUUCAUAUCAUCUGAAACAGAAAUUGAAUUCUGAUAGGAAUACAUUUUUAGAAUAAAUAGAAUUAAGCUAAGAUUCAUCAUAAACAUCUUUAGAAUCUUACACUAUACCAAAUUAAAUUGAAUUGGACCAAACUAAAGAAAAUAUAAAAUAACAUAACCUUAAAAAAAUCUUAAAUUAAAAAUUUUUCUAAACCUUUAGUAAUUUGAAUACAGCUUAAAUAGUAAAGAGUAACUCUAAAAAAUAUUCCUCGUAAUUUUAAAGUAUUAACUCAAAUAUAUCUUUCAAAGAAGAUAAUAUGUAUUAAAUCUAUCAUAAUGAAUUUAAAGAAGAUUCUACCUCUUUAAAUAAUUUUUCUAAUAAAAAUGGCUUAAAUACUUAAAAUAAUUCAAACUACUUUUUUUCGAAUAGCAUUUAACUUUAAAAAACAAAUUCUGAAAAUACUUAAAAUUUGAUGAAUUUAGAGAACGAAGAUUAAUAAAUAACAAGCUUAGAUUAUCUAAAAAACAAAAAAAAUUCUUAAAGUUAAUAUGGUACUUCUCUUAAAUCCUCCCAUUAUAAAAAUAUUUUUGAAUCAAAUGAUUUGGCUCAAAAAAAGUUAAAUAUGUAAAAUUAAAUAAGCUUUUUACCAAACUAAAUUUAGCUUUUGAAUACUGCAAAUCAACAUUAGCAACCUCUUUCUGAUAAUACAUUUUAAAUAGAUUUAUCUAGGUUUAAAAGAAGUCUUACAUCAAAAUAAACCAAUUAAUUAGAAUAUCUGCAAGAUGAUUAAAACAAAUCAGUUUAGCUAAAUUCUUACGAUUAUUAACUUAUUGACUAGAAAACAAGCUAAGAUAGAAAAAAACAUGAAAUAAAAAAAUAAUAAUGUAAAUCCAGCGAAUAUAUAUUUCAUUAAGGACUACAUGCAUGCUUAAAAUAGUUUAUAUUAAAUUCUGAUGAAAAACUAAACUAAUAUUUCUAAAUCACUAAAUAAAAUCUAAUGAAAGAAUUGACUCAGCUACUGAUUAGCAUAGGUUGUGAAUUGUUAAUUUUAGUUCUUAAUGAUACUUUAUCGUUUGAUGAGAGCAGUGAUUUAGAGAAUGUAUCAAUUGAUGGUAAAUAAAUAAUUAGCUUUUUCAACACAGAAGAAAAAAUACUAUAAUAUAUUUAUAAUAGCAGAGAACAUCUAAACAAUUACUUAAAGCCAAUGGUUAUUGAGCAUUUUUGA